AUGGAACCCCAAAACCAAGAGCAUUAUUCAGCAACAAGACUGCUUAAUGCUCAAACCCAUAUAUGGAACCACACUUUCAGCUUCAUAAACUCAAUGUCUCUCAAGUCUGCCAUAGACUUAAACAUCCCUGACAUCAUUCACAAGCAUGGCAAGCCCAUGCCCCUUCCUCUUCUCAUCUCUUCCCUACAAAUCCACCCUUCCAGGUCCCAAAACAUUUAUCGCUUAAUGAAACUCCUCACCUAUUCGGGCUUCUUCUCUCUUCAAAAAGUUUCAGAGACUGAACCUUCAGAAGAAGGUUAUGUCCUAACUGAUGCAUCCACCCUUCUUCUCAAGGACCACCCCUUAAGCGCCACACCUUUCUUCCUCGCUAUGAUCGAUCCCGUCAUAACAAAGCCUUGGUGCCAAUUGACCAAUUGGCUCCAAAAUGAUGCUCCGUCACCGUUUCACAUGGCGUAUGGGAACAAGAUUUGGGAUUACGCUAAGGUCGACCCUGAUUUUAAUCACUCUUUCAAUGAAGCUAUGGCUAGCGAUGCCAGCUUGGUCAUAAAUGUGGCGAUUGAAAGUUGUAAAGAGGUGUUCAAUGGAAUAAAGUCGUUGGUUGAUGUUGGGGGUGGCACUGGGACCACAGCUAAGGUCGUUGCUAAAGCCUUUCCAGAAAUACAAUGUACUGUGUUUGAUCUCCCACAAGUUGUUAAUGGCUUACAAGGUAAUGCUGCGAAUCUCAUGUUUGUGGGAGGAAACAUGUUCGAGGCCAUCCCUCCUUCCGACGCCAUACUGAUGAAGUGGAUACUGCAUGAUUGGACUGACGAGGAGUGUUUGAAAAUUCUGAAGAACUGCAAGGAGGCAAUCGCAAGCAAAGGCAAAGGUGGGAAGUUGAUUAUAAUUGACAUGGUUUUGGAAGAGGACUUGAGAGACAACCAUAAUAAAUCAGUUGAGAAUCAACUGUUGAUUGAUGUGCUGUUGAUGGUUUUGUAUCCUGGAAAAGAGCGAACUGAGAUGGAAUUGGCCCAGUUAUUUCGUUCUGCUGGUUUUAGUGAUUACAAGAUUUAUCCUGUUCUGGGUUCGCGAUCUCUCAUCGAAGUUUAUCCAUGAAAUAUCCCUGCAUAUGAACUGGUACUAGGUCACUAUUAUGAACUGGACAAAGGCUGUUGAAGCAAACAAAAAAGAAGAAA